UGUGAAUUAGUGAGCGGUGGGUGAAAAGCAUGUAUUCAUCCUGUGGGUGGGAAAAACACACACGACGUAAUGUAUUAGUCAGCGGUUAGACUGCUUUUUAAAACAGUUCAUUAACAUGAACCGCAUUGUGUCUACACUGUAAAAAAAAAAGAAGUUGCUGCUCCGUUUAUUUGCCUGGUUUCAAUGGAAUACUGCAAAUGUUUCAUUGGCAAACAGGACUGCUAUAGCUGUCACUUGUGAGCGUGUGCAUUGCUUCAAUCGUGGUCUGGAAUGUAAUAUAUCCUAAUCCAGAAGUUAUACUGAAGACGACUUAUCUUCCGAUGGUACUGCAAAGAGAAAUAAUGGAUGGGAUCGGCAACACGAUGCAAAAGAAGGCUGCCGAGCUGGAGCGCAUGGCCGAGGUGCUGGUCACUGGAGAACAGCUGAGGCUGCGGCUCCACGAAGCGAAGGUGAUCAAAGAUCGUCGACACCACCUAAGAACCUACCCCAACUGUUUCGUUGCCAAGGAGCUCAUCGAUUGGCUAAUGGAACACAAGGAGGCCUCGGACAGAGACACGGCCAUCAGGAUCAUGCAGAAGCUGCUGGACCAGAGCAUCGUUCACCACGUAUGUGACGAGCACAGGGAAUUCAAAGACCUGAAAUUGUUUUACCGCUUCCGGAAAGAUGAUGGGACCUUCCCCUUGGACCAUGAGGCCAAGGUCUUUAUGAGGGGACAGAGGAUUUAUGAGAAGCUGAUGAACAUGGAGAACAACCUAUUGCAGACCAGGGAGGAGGAGGACGGGGCCUAUGAACAGACCUUGGUGGCCUCCGAGUUCAUCGAUUGGCUGCUGCAGGAGGGAGAGAUCGCGACCAGACAGGAGGCAGAGCAGCUAGGCCGGAGACUUCUAGAACACGGCAUCAUCCAACACGUGAGCAACAAGCACCACUUCAGCGACGGGCCCCUGCUGUACCAGUUCAGGAUGAACUUCCGCCGGCGCAGGCGGCUGAUGGAGCUGCUGGCCGAGCGCGGCCGGAUCCCAGAGAGCCACGACAGCCCCUUUUGCCUGCGCAAGCAGAACUCCGACGGGGGCAACACCAGCUUCCUCUCUGUGAGCCCCACCAAGGAGAUCAAGGUGGUGGUGGGGGCGCGGCGCAGCAGCAUGAGCAGCAGCUGUGGCUCCAGCGGUUACUACAGCAGCAGCCCCACCCUCAGCAGCAGCCCCCCGGUCCUCUUCAACCCCAAGUCUGUCUUGAAGAGACAAAUCAGCCCCGAGGAACUCCAGGCCCCGGGAGGAGCUUUCACAAAGAAGACUGUCACUAUCGUGGGGGACGCGGUGGGCUGGGGCUUCGUGGUGCGGGGCACCAAGCCGUGCCACAUCCAGGCGGUGGACCCCAGCGGGCCGGCGGCAGCGGCCGGGAUGAAGGUGCGUCAGUUCGUGGUGUCGGUGAACGGCCAGAGCGUCCUCUCCCUGGACUACCGCACCGUCAGCGACCUCAUCCUCACCGGCCCCCGCACCGUGGUGAUGGAGGUGAUGGAGGAGCCGUCCUGCUGAGAGAUGGCCGACGGGGAUGUCGUGGCAGGCAGCACUUCUGGUGGUUCAAGGGAGCAACCUUUGGCAAAACCUUCUGGACUAAAAGUUAUGGACCACCAUAAUCGUUUUUUUCCCAGAAUGCUAUAUUUUUCAAGAAACGCUGGCGCAUGAAGGUGUAUUUAGACGGUAAAAAAGACCCGCCAAACCAGGUAACUUUAUAAAUCACCAUAAACAAUGAGGUAAAAGGCUGGUGUCUCUUUAAUGGCCGUAAAUGGUCACAGAAGGCCAUACAAUGUUGCUCAUUGUGUUCCUCUCUAAGAAUGGAGAUUCAUAGAAAACCUCCAUAGCCUUUUCUUUGUAUUCUGUGGUUCACUCUCUCAGAAGGUGCAUUUCCUGCCGCCUCCCCCUCUCUGUGAUUGGUGGUACUCAAAACCGUAAGUUCUCAUUCACUUUUCAGGGUGGAAAGGUUGAGUUGACCUUCCCUCAGAAAAAGGAAAACUGGCUCCACACUGCCCUCUGCUGGGCAUAUACACAAACAGGGAGGAGGUGUGAUCUGACGGUUCCGCUUUUUAUUGAAGCUUGUCACCAAAUGUAUCGCACUCCGGAAAACACUGAUUGGUUUUGGGGAGUUUCCACAAAAGCUCCGAAGAUAUUUCCACUCUCGGAGUCAAUCCCAAGUAUUAAUCCUGAAGGGACGAUGUAUUAGAAUAGAGACCGAAGGAAUCCCUUCAUAUUGAGACAUGGCAUACUAUUUUGACAUGAUAAUCUUCUAAUCAAUUUAUAAAAGACGUCCAUACAGAAAGACCUAAAGCACUUAAUCCAAAAGAAAAAAAUCUCUGAAAACUUGGUUAUGUGAAUUUUUGGAGCAGAUUUGUAAAGUAGUUAUACAUAGUUGAUGUGGUUCCUUUUUAUAUAAACUUUAAUCGGUGAAGAAAUGUAUGGUUUUAUACGAUAUUAUUAGUUCUCCUAUGCCAUUCAUUUAAUUUCCUCCAAUAUUAUCUGUCCUUGUAUGUUGGGCACUUUCAAAUACAUUGGUUUAAAAUCUGCAGUGCAAUAUAUUUUUUUUCAUACAGGUUUGUAAAAAAGAUCUCCUAUCCUUGAUUGUGGUAGGCUUGCAAGCCAAUAAUCCCCCACACAAAAAAUAAUCUAAAAUAUCUGAAUCUGAAAGCUUUUGUGGGACAGAUUUUUGUUUUGAAACAAAGCACUUAAAAGUCAAUUUUGCAUUUCAGGUAAUUGGCUGGCUAUAAUUAGAUAAUUAUUGUAUCCAAUAUUCAAUUCUGACUGUUAGGAUGAAUAUAUGUAAACGUGUCAUUGGAGCAUAACAAAAUCUUUCUAUAUAUUCAAAAGCUUCCUAAAGUUGAUUGGUCUUGAUAAACACCAUGUAGACAGAGCUUUUUUUAUGUUUUUUUAUUUUUAUUUUUGAAUUAGCAUUAGCUCCCAGUGUCAUGCUGCGGCUAUUAGCAUCGUUGUAGCGUAUUUUUUGUAUGUUCAUUAGCAUUUCCUUUAAUCAUUCAGGGGGACGAAUUCAUCUCCAACUGGAUUUAAGAAUUUGACGGGAAAUAAAGCAAUUAUUUGUUGAUGGUAAUAACGGAUUCCUCCCAUAGUGGGGGUUCGGAGCACAGGAGGGGUACAGAAGGACUUCUGCAAUUUAUGAUUCAGGUAGAUUAUUUUUUUUCCGUUUUUUUGCUUUUAAUUCAAAUCCAACUAUGUAUGUGAGGUGCGCAAAUACACUGUACAAGCUAUUCAUUGGACCGUUUAAUGUUUUGGUUGUUUAAUGUUUGCUGAUGCCAAACCCGUCCUCCAUUUUGUUACAGCUGUUGCCAUACAUUCCAGAAUAUUCUGGUUAAAGUUCCACAAAUCGCAACACUCUGCUUUUGCGGUUUUACCAAUGCUAACCUAUUUGAAGUUUAUCUUUUGUUUAAGUUUGCUCUGUAGUUGGUUCUGAUGAUUUUUAUAAUUGCUGAGGCAUACCUUUUUUAAUGAUGAAAGGAGUUGAUUUGUUUGUUAUUGUCUAACCCUAUGAGAGAAAUAUCACUGAUAUGAUUUUGGAUUAUUCUUUACUAGAAUAGUUGUGUGAAUGCAACCUGUGCAUAGCAUACUGCGAGCAAUUCAUUCAUGAAUGGUAAAGACAUUAAACCAGUAGUUUGAGAGACUUUUGAAAUGAGAACAUCCACAUUUAAAACUUAACAUUGGUUUUUCAUGCUAAAAAGUGGAUCUAAUUUUUUAUUUUGGAUCAUUCAUGUAAAAUAAGCUUUUUGGAAGUAGUAUUUAGUUUGUUCAUUGCUGGGUUACUGUAGUUUGGAGAGCUAUCAGAUAUAUUGCUAUAAGCUUGAGAACAUUUGCCUUAAGAAAUCCUAAUUUGCUGCUAGUUAGUGUUGAUCUACACUUCUCUCUCUCUCUCUCUCUCUCUCUCUCUCUCUCUCUCUCUCUCUC